AUGUUCACUCAAACCAUUUUCAAAUAGUUUUCUAAAAAGAAACCUGCAGCUGCAAAUUAAGCAGCUAUAGCAAAAUAGAUAGCUUCAUAAAUCAAUUUUGGACGCCCUGGAAAUACAUUAAAAAUGGGUAUUGUAGGUAUGGCUAAUGUUGGAAAGUCAUUGACUUUUAAUUUACUAUGCAAAUAAAGUGUUCCAUCAGAAAAUUUCCCUUUUUGCACAAUUGACCCAAACACUGCUAUUGUUAAGGUUCCUGAUAGUAGAUUUGAAUACUUAGUUAAAGCUUUUAAGCCAGCAAGUUAAGUUGAAGCCCAUUUGUAGAUUACAGACAUCGCUGGUUUAGUAAAAGGUGCUUCUGAAGGUCAUGGCCUAGGUAAUGAGUUUUUGUCUCACAUUAGCGAAGUAGAUGGAAUUUAUUAGGUAGUUAGAGCUUUUGAAGGAGAGAAUAUUUUGCAUACAGAAGGUUCAAUGGAUCCUGUUAGAGAUUUAGAUAUUAUUAGCAAGGAACUUAUUGCGAAGGAUUUGUAAUUUGUAGAUAAGAAAUUAGGUUAAAUUUCAACAAAAGCUGCCCGUUCAGGUAAUCCUGAAAUGAAAUAGUAAGUAGAAGUCUUAACAAAAGCUAAGGAUCACUUGAUAAAUCAUAGAUGGAUCAGAUUUUAAAAGUGGGAUGAUAAGGAUGUUGAAGUUUUGAAUAAGCUUUUGCUUCUUACAACUAAACCUGUUACAUAUUUAAUUAAUUUAAGCAAGAAAGACUACUUAGAAUAAAAUUGCAAAUUUAUUCCUUCUAUUGCAGAUUGGAUCAAGGAAAAAGGAGGUGAUAGCUAAAUCAUUUAGUACUCAGGAGUUUAUGAAAAAGAAAUAGAAGAUAAGCCAGAACUUUUAAAUACUUCUCAGUUAAAAAAUAUAAUUUUAAACGGAUAUUCACUUUUAAAUAUGUGCCAUUUCUUUACUGUUGGAACUGAUGAAGUCAGAGCAUGGACUAUUAAAAAGAACUCUACUGCUCCUAAAGCUGCAAGUGUGAUCCACACUGAUUUUGAAAAAGGCUUUAUUAGUGCUGAAGUUCUUUCAUAUAAAGAAUUCGAGGGUUUCGGCAGCAACGGAGUUGAAAAAUUAAAAAAAUCAUUUAGAAAAGAAGGUAAAGACUACAUAGUUUAAGAUGGUGAUAUUGUUCAUUUUAAAUGCAAAAUUGUUAGAUGA